CUAUUUCUUUCUCUCUCCUUCAUCAUAAGCAAAAUAAAAAUUUUAGAGAGAGAAACAAAGAGACCCAUAUGACACCACAGAGUCUUUAGUCUUUACAUCUGCUACCCAUUAACAAUAGACUCUUUUUAUUCAUACCCUAAUAAUUUAAUUCAUUUUUCAGCCCUUUUUUCUCUGUUAAUUUUCAAGUUUUUCAGUGAUUGUUUGAUAGAAAUUUGUGGGUUUUUAAUUAGAGUGAGAAUUAACGGCUUAAUUUUUCUGGGUCGGCUUAAUUUUUUGGUAAUUUAUCUGGGUUAUAUUGGGACUCGUGAUCUGGUUUUGAUUUGGGUGAAAAUUUAUUUUGGGUGGGAAAAUGUGGUGGAUGAUGAGUGAAAAUGGUGGGCAUUAUUGCUCGAAGAAGACUGAUGAUAUAUGUGGUGAUGUUUGUGGCCAGGACUCGGGCAAGGUUUUGAGUAUGAACAGACUUCGGUGUAUCCUCCGCGGCAUUGAUUUAAAGACGUUGUUAUUUCUAUUUAUUCUCGUGCCUACGUGCGUUUAUGGUAUUUAUGUACAUGGGCAGAAGAUUUCGUAUUUCCUUCGGCCACUUUGGGAGAAACCGCCUAAAAGCUUCAACGAAAUCCCGCAUUAUUAUCAUGAGAAUGUGUCGAUGGAGAAUCUUUGCAAGCUCCAUGGUUGGAAGAUUCGUGAGUUUCCAAGACGUGUUUAUGAUGCAGUGUUGUUUAGUAAUGAGUUGGACAUUCUUACGAUGCGAUGGAAGGAAUUGUACCCUUAUGUGACGCAGUUCAUUCUUCUAGAAUCUAACUCUACAUUUACGGGCACUGAAAAGCUUCUUGAUUUUGCCAACCAUCGAGAUCAGUUCAAAUUUGUUGAGCCGAGAUUAACUUAUGGAACUAUUGGAGGGAGAUUUAGGAAAGGAGAGAAUCCAUUUAUUGAGGAAGCUUAUCAGCGAGUGGCGUUAGAUCAGCUUAUAAAAGUUGCCGGGAUUUCUGAUGACGACUUGCUGAUAAUGUCAGACGUAGAUGAGAUACCAAGCAGGCAUACUAUCAAUCUCUUGAGAUGGUGUGACGACACACCUCAAGUACUUCAUCUUCGGCUGAAGAAUUAUCUCUAUUCUUUUGAGUUUUUCAUGGAUAAUAACAGCUGGAGAGCUUCAGUCCAUAGAUAUCAGACUGGAAAGACACGCUAUGCUCAUUACCGCCAGGCGGAUGACAUUUUAGCAGACGCAGGAUGGCAUUGCAGCUUUUGCUUCCGACGAAUUAGCGAGUUUAUAUUCAAGAUGAAAGCUUACAGUCAUUACGAUAGAGUCAGAUUCAAGCGUUUUUUAAACCCCGAAAGAGUUCAGAAAAAAAUCUGCGAGGGUGCUGAUUUAUUCGACAUGCUUCCAGAAGAGUACACAUUCAAAGAGAUCAUCGGGAAAAUGGGACCUAUCCCGCAUUCUUACUCAGCUGUUCAUCUGCCAGCCUAUUUAUUAGAAAAUGCCGAUGAGUACAAAUUCCUCCUGCCAGGGAAUUGCAUAAGAGAAAGUGGGUGACUGAAUUUCUCAGACAACCUUAAAUUAUCUGUUUUAUGUAAAGCUUACUCAGAGAGGUGAGGAUCGUUUGACUCCAUCUGAAGGUCCGAAGGCGUGACGGCUGCUAUGCAUCGUCACUUAUGCAUCGUCAUCGGUACAGUACAAUCGAAUUUGAGAAAAUGUCGAACUUUCUGGAUUUUACGGGGUCGGAUAAUGUAAAUAGUUUUCUUCUGGAUUAGGGUUUGAUUGAUAUCCAUUUGACCUGGUGCAGAGGACUGUAGUUUUGAGGUUCCGAUCAUAUUUCCCGACUUGGUCGGGGAAGUUUUGUUCUGAGACAAACUUAUUCUUGUCAUUAACACCAUUAUUCUUUAUAUUUGAUUGCGUUUAGAUCUGUUAUUGAUCACAGAA